UGGAUUGUUUUGGUGAGGAACACAGUUUGACAGCCAUCCAAGGCACGAUCCUGUUUUUUAUUUUACAUUCGUAAAUUCUGUAAUAAAAUAAUUCUCAUUUCCUGGCAAAAUGAACGAAAAUCCAGUGCAAGAAGUGCUGUUCGAAGGACCCUCGAAAGAUGAGGAAGAAAUUGCACCACCUGUACCAUCAAAGGCUGAUGUGGGAAAGGUCACUGAAAAGUUUGCCCCGCACGAUGAUGCACAAUUUGUUGAUAUUACAAAGGACUUUUUCGACUGCGUCAAAGAGCUCAAACUGGGAGAGCUUGUGCAUGACUCGAUGUUCGGUUUGCUGGAGGCAAUGUCGGCUAUCGAAAUGAUGGACCCGAAAAUGGAUGCUGGCAUGAGUUGCAACCGGGAAGCAACACCGCUUACGUUCGAUACAGCGGUCGAGACCGGGCAGCUGAAGCUUAACAAUCUGCUGCCGAGGGAAUCGAUCGGCAUCAUCGAUGCGGUGUACUCGUGCACGAUAUCCUGGCUCGAGGGACACUCGAUGGCUCAAACGGUGCUAACCUGCCUGUAUCUGCACAAACCGCACCAAAUCGAGUGCAAAACGAUCAAAUCGUUCUCGAUCGCUAUACAGAAGAUAAUUAAUCUGAUUCGAAAUUUCGCUGUCAGAGCUAAUGUGUACGAGGAGGAAGACUUUCAACACAGCUCGUUCGAUUACAAUCUGAGUGCGGAAGUGACGGAGACGAAAGCGAUCAACAUGCUAAAAGCCGCAGAAGAGGAGCUCAUCAAGAAGGCGAAAGACUCCGAGGAUGAGCGAGAGAAGGAAGAACUGCAGGCACUGCUGGCACGAGUUCGUUUCACUCGCCUGUUUUUGUUCAGUUUGGUGGGAUUGUAUCCGCUGAAGCAAGGUACAACCUGGCAGCAUGGUCAAGAAGUCGCAGCGCAAUCGACCGUCUCGCUGAAGACCGAAAUGAUUGACAUCGUAAAAGCACUGAAUGGAGCCCUGGAGCUUGCACAGGCGAUAGAAAAGUCGAUCGAACUAGGGACACAGCCAGAGGAAGGAUCGGAUGCACCGAACCCGAUGGGCUUUUCCAUGAUGGUCAACCAACGCUUACUGCCACCGACAUUUCCUCGCAGUACGAAAAUUAAGGACCGGCACCUUAGCAUACAAUACCUGGCGGAUCUAAUUCAGCGCAUCAAACACGGGUGCAAAAUUAUCAACUGCACCAGCUACCAUGCUGCGCUGAACUUUUUGAUGGACUUUAACAAAAAGUUCACUCCCUGUCUGCUGUCGCGGAGUAUACCGCAAACGCUGUACUUACCGGUCGGCCGGAUGGUGUUCGGUGUGAAACCGCUCACGGAGGUGCUGAAGGAAUCGGUUAAGGCUUUCAUCGCCCCACCGGCACUACGCCCGGACAAUCCACUGUACAACAAUCCUUUCGCGAUCAACUGCAUUAACUCAUUCUUUGAGUACAACGAACAAAGCUUCUACACACUGUUUGCGCUCUGCGGGUACAACCAGGCCCGGCAGCGCGACAGUCUCGGCUGGAUACUGCUCGGCUUUGCCGACCUGCAGGACGGCGCGGAACGGGUCGACGUGUACUUACACUCGCUCACGCCGAGAAGCGAAAACUCCCGCCACCUGGCGUGCUUUGGCACGUGGGUGUUUUAUCACUGUCUGCGGGCGAUGUCCCUGUAUCUGCUGGCCGGCCUAGAGCUCGAGCUGUACAGCGUGCACGAGUAUCUGUACAUCUUCUGGUAUCUGUAUCAGUACCUGUUCAGCUGGAUCGUAUCGGCGCUAACGCGCGCGGAAACGUUCCUGGCCGAGCAGGAGUACUCGGCCGAUCCGAAAGCGCUCAAAGCGAGCCAGAAGAAACCGAAGCCCAAGAAGCGCAAGGCCAAAACGGACGUGAAGGAAAUUCUUUUCAACGAAGCGAUGGAAACACUGUGCGGUGGGUACUAUAAGGCGCUGGCCGGCUUUAUCAAGGAAGGUCGCAUCCCGGAACCGUUGCCAAUGUUCGACAACGAGCAGGUACGGUUCGAGCAUCGGUUUGCGCCGUUCGCGAACCUGACCACACCGCCCCCGAUGCCGUACAGUGAGUUUAGGCAGAUGAAAAUGAUAAUGCUGCAGUCGCCGGCGACCGAGCUGUAUGCGGCGGCGGCGAAACACUUCCACGAGGCCCGUACACUGCUGGAAACGUUUCCCAACCCGGACGAGGAGUGGCACGACAUAGUGAAGGUGGCCAAGAUGAACUUUGUCAUGAUGAAUCUGCUGGCCAGUGGGCACAGUCGGCAGUCGAAGCUGCCGCCCGAGUUUGACUUUUCCUGCCAUCGAUACUUUCCCAUCAUUAAGCAGAGAAAGUGAAAGGACGAUAUCUGUGGACUGGAUUGGUCCUCGAUUCGCUAGUUGAGCUCGUCACAAGCUAUAAUUUAUUUCAGUAGGAAGCUAUACCCGUGAAUAAAUCGAUUUUUGGGUGGAAAUCUUCGAAAUCAA